AGUAGCUCAAAAUUAAAGUUUGCACCAAGUACGAGAACAAAAGGGAUAUCUGAUGAAAAUUGCAUGAUGCCGGAAGAAAUUGAAAAGAAAUUGAAUUUAAAUUGUGUCACCGAUGGCAUUAUGAAAAAAGCCAAUAAUAAUGAUAAAAGUUCUGCUGCAACAGAAAAACAAUCUUCGACGAAGAAAAUGCUCGACGACGAUGCAAACCGGAUAAAAAGUGUCAUUCGAAAAUCAAAUUUCAGCAAAUCCAAUAACGAUUUAUCACCUCGUCGAUUAACAAACCGCCAGGCGUCUCCUCAUCCAAUACGUAACAGUUUCGGCGAAUUCCGGAAUCGCACGAGCGAAGAAGAUGACGAUGACACCAACAAAAGUAAUGUUUAUAAACGACUUAAUCGGCAUCGGCGACGUACAAAGCAACGUAAUAAUUUGAUGAAUUCGUCAUCGCAAAAUUUUAGCAGUACGGAGGAAGAAGACAGCGACAUUGAUGAAUUUGUGGAAAAAAUGGGUACAAAGGCACAACAAUUGCGUUUGCAACGACCGGAACGGGGUAAAAAGCGCAGACAACAAAACAUCAUUGACAAAAAUCAUCAGGAGGCGACGACGGCAGCAAAUACGGAAAAGAUUAAUGAAAAGCAAACGUUUGAAACAGGAGUAGUCGAUACAGGAAAACGGAAAAUCCCUUAUUCGUUGGAAGGGUUAGGGAAGCUUUACAAUGAUGAUGUUAUUCUCCAACUCGUGCAACAACUGACAUCGUUAAACAACAAGGAACAACAAUUACCGGUGUCUUAUCGUACAAAAGAUAAAAUAUCCGAGUAUCAAUUACAAUUCCGAGAAAAGAGUCCCCGCAGGCUAACGACUGACGAUGACACGAGUUUCAAACAAAACGAAUUUCCCGAAAACGGAUUAAAUUUAACGGAACUCAACAAUAACAAACCUCAUGCUGUAAAUCAUAAUUUGUGUGAAAAUGGAAAAGUAGACGACGACGUUAAAGGUGACGAAGAAGAAGAAAUGGGUUCAAAUGUGUCGCGUUACUCUGAAAAGGGAUUGUCAGGUAGACGAGCGCAUUCGUCGGGCAACUUGUUCAGCGGAAACAGCAAUGCCAACAACACGCCGUCAAAAAAGGCGCAAAAUAAAAAGUUCAAGAAGAAAAACAAUGUAGCAGCGGAUGAUUUGUCGGAUAUCACAAGUAUCGCAAGUACGACAAUCGCUGUUCCGGGCGGCGGCGGACAACAAGGAGGCGGCAACGGAUACGAUAAUGCAUCAUUUACAGAUCCGUGUAUUGUGAAUGACAUUAGUUUGCAACAAUUGUAUUCGCCUUACAAUAGCAGCAGGACGAGGCAACAGAAACAAACGUAUCAUGGAAGUUUGCCGAAUCAUCUCGACGAUGCGGAUGACGAUGUAGUCGAUGGCGUCAUUGAGCAACAGAGAGCGUUUCAAAACAACAACAACAAAUCCUGCAUGGUAGAUGGCAGUCGGUACGGGAUGAACAUUGACUCGCCCAUGAUUGAACAAACGUCGACAGAUGCAUAUUUGAUGCAGUAUCAAAAUCCAAACAUAUCGCAGCAAAAAUAUCAAAUCCAAAGUUCGCCGUAUAAUGGGUCAAAUAGCACGUUUCGAGGCAGUAGUCAGCAAGAUAACCAAAGCAAUGCUUCGACGCAGCAGCAGCAGCAACAACAACACCCGAUGCUCCAUUUGCCAUUAAUUAACAGAAAUAAUGAUGCGACCUAUGAUCCGGGAUAUGGGAGCGAACGAUCGCCCGAAGAUGAAGUGCCGCCUUUGUUGCCGCAGAUGAUGCAAAAUUUGGCAAUUACGGAUGAGACGACGACGACUUUGCCUUCGUAUCUGGAUUAUCAGCAAUUGCAUCGUUAUGAAUUUAUUACCAAAGAUUCAAUUUUCUCCGUUCACAUCGUAAAAGGCCCUCGCGGUUUAGGCUUAUCCGUAUCUGGCGGAACAGAUUCUACUGCUCCUUUUCCCGGAUUGAUCCGCAUUAAGCGACUUUUUCCUCAUCAAGCUGCUUGGUCAAUUGGUGUCUUGAAGCAAGGCGACAUAAUUUUAGCUGUAAAUGGGGUUCAACUCACUGGAUUAACAAAUUAUGAAGCCCUUGAAGUCCUUCGAACGACACCCGACGAGGUUUUCAUGAUAAUUUGUCGUCCCAGCGACGAACGUUACCGAAAAUUGUCGCCUCCAGCUGAACCUCCGAUGCCUCCAAUUCGAUCGCAUGGCGUCUUGGAUCAUUUUAAUAAUUCGUUCAGCGGCGAAUUCGAGCUGAUUUUGACAAAGCAACAGGGAUCUCUUGGAUUUACGUUGCGAAAAGAGGAUGAAAAUGUGCUCGGGCAUUGCGUUCGUGCUUUGGUUCGUGAGCCUGCGUUAUCGGAUGGGCGCAUAAAACCCGGAGAUAAAAUUCUCGCGGUGAACGAUAUCCCGAUAAGUAACAUGAGUCACGAGCAAGCUGUGAUAUUUUUGCGUCAAGCACCGGAUACGGUUAAGCUUCGUCUCUUUCGUGAUGACACUUUGACGCCUCUUUCUGCCGUUUCGCCCACAGAAAUCGAGAGGAAAGCUUUGAAUAUGUCUUCAAACAGCAAAAAAGUCGUUUUGCGGCCCGAAGCGAUCAAUUUGCUGACAGAUAUCGCGUAUCGGAAGCAAAAUUCGGGCGGCGACGAUUCAACAAGUUCCUCCGUAAAGUCUUCUAGUCCUUCAAGGCGUCUCAAAAGAGCUCACAAAAGUCCCCAUUCGUCGACUUCGGGCUCCCAAGGGUCCUCGAGCAACACUUUUAUGCAGCAAAGCGGCACCGAAAGCGACACCUCGACUGUCGUAAGUCACGACACGAACAAUUCUUGCCGCGUUCAACAAGUUUCGUCGCACAGUUCGAUCAGUUAUUGCAACAACGGACUAAUUUCGGAGCCAGAAAACGAAGGAGAAGAAGAAUUUUACAACGAAGAUGAACUUUUGUCGAUGGUCGAUGAUGAAAGUUAUUACGGCGAACGUCCCGGGCGCCCAAAUUAUCUGGAUCUCACGCAACCCGGAAGUACUCCGACCGGAUUAAAAAAGCCCCAAUUCUCGAUCGCCAAAGCAAAUGCCUAUGAACUCAACAAUUUGGACAAUGAUGUGUUAGAUGCGCCCACAAUUUAUACUCUGAAUCCGAGUUCGGAGCAAAUUGGCGACGAUUUUACGAGUUUGCCGUGCGAAACGCUCCUCGUUGAGUGCAAAAAUAAAAAAGACUUGGAAUAUGUGUCGAAAUUCACGCGAGGGCAUCCGAUGUAUCAGUCGCAACAAUCGACGACGAAUGAAAAUGGCUCGAAUGGGUUGUUGAAAUGGAAAGGCGCGAUGUUGGCAGGCGAUGCGGAACAAGAUGAGAGAGAAGAAAUGGCAAAAACGCCAAAUAGUGAGUCGAUUUGUGAUGUUACGGUUAUCUCGCAGCAUGAAUUGUCACGGAGCUCAAGUAAUCAAUCCAUCAUUGACAGUGAAGGAAAUCAGUUAAUCACUGUCGAACUAAAUCGCGGAUGGAACAGUCGUUUGGGCUUCAGCGUGACAAAAGAUGGCGGUCAUAUCUACAUUAGCGCCGUUUAUGCUGACAGUGUUGCUGCACGUGAUGGAAGAUUGCGCAAAAAUGACAGAAUCUUAACCGUGAACGAUGAAUCCGUCGAUGGCAAAGAAAAGCACGAAGUAAUUGACUUGUUACGAACGAUCAGGGGAGCAAUUGUGAUCACAGUAGCGCGCAAAUUUAACGCAAACAACAACAACGGAGCGCCCGUGCAUUAUGACGUUGGAUGCGAAACAGAAGGAGAGAAUUAAAUGCCGUCCAAAAAAAAAACAAUUUCUUUAGUUUUAAGUAGCAAAAAUUAAUAAAUUAUUCGAAUGUUAGUCAUUUUUCUACUUGUUAGUCAAAAAAGUAAAAAAAAAAUAAUUGUUAAAACAAUCAAUUGUAAUAAAAUUAAAUAAAUGUAAGAAUAAAUUGUAAUUUGUUCUGUAAGGAGCGACGAAACCAAAUCAAAUUUCCAUGAA